AUGCCCGGAACUCCGGUCAAAACGUCGCCCAGUCUAUCCCUACUAGGAACUGCCGAGAAGUCGACGUGGAUGGCCUGGACGUCCUCAUCUGAUGGCGGCAAAGUAGAACCAAACAGCCUGGCAAGCAUACUGGCACCAUUGUCGCCGGGCUGUUGUGUGUCUUCCAAUAUCCCAGCGAUCCCGAUGGGAGCUUCAUUUGAAGCAUUUGCAAACUCGAACCCCCCUUGGCCCACGACACCGACACCCUCUCCGUCGAAUAAGCCUCGAAGAUCCCCGAGAAUUGGGACGAAGAAAAAGACCGAUGGACCGCUUCCGAAGCCGUGCAAGAAGCCGACUGCACGGGCCAAGCAGACAAAGGAAAAAGCCUUGCGGCGUCGGGUGGACGUUCUUCAAGAGAAGAACAAAACCCUGCGGAAGCAGAAAUGGGAUCUUGAGAACGAGAUUACCGUGCUGAAAGCAAAGAUCAUGACUGACGAGGAGGAAAUGCGCUCGGUCGAUGACAUGGAAAAACGGCUUGAUCACUCUCGGCGGUACAUCCGUGCCCUGAAGAUGCAAGUGCGCGCUUUGGGCGGAUAUGUUAUUGAUGUGAGCGACGAGGAUGGCGAAAGCAGCAACGAUAGCGGCGAUGGAGAAUUGCCGGCCAGCUUUCCCCGGGCUGCGGCGAACCCAUCCGAGUUUUCACUUCCUGCCCUCAGGGCAAAACGGAGUGGGCGGCAGAAAACCCGAUCGUGA